GCUGGAAUAUUACACCAGUGGCCGGAGUGCGAAAGCCUAGCGGGUGAGACGCAAAGGCUUUAUUAGUAAUAAAUGAAAUUUAGACUGAAAACAAGAAGAUCAAGAAGUUUGGAGUAAACCGGAAAGAAACAGUAACCACACUGGUCGAAUCGGGAUAUACAUUUCCAGUACUGAAAAGUUUAGCGAGGACAGGUGCUUGUUGCACCUCUGACCGUCCGAUUGUGUAUUACCGAUCGUUCACCGAGUGUAUUCCUUUGUGAAUUUGCAUUGAUUUCACACAUUAUCGCCGUGAACGGGGCGAUAUACAUGUUCUGGAUUGGAUUAUCAGAGCUGAUGUGGUGCAAUGUAAUUCACUUGUGAGGGAGUAGAAACGGAACAUGCUAAGUAUGAACGGGCUGAAAGUGGCUAACUAUGUACCCAACAGUACGAUCAAGACGGAGCCCUUGACAAGCAAAUACACCAUCCAAGGCAGCAUAGGCCGAGGAAAAUUUGCCGUGGUGAAAAAAUGUGUGAACAACGAAACUGGGGAUACUGUGGCUGCCAAGUUUAUUCGAAAACGGCGGAAGGGCAAGAGCUGUCGGGAAGAAAUAUUACGUGAAGUGGUGAUGCUUGAACUUGCCCUGGCUCAUCCCCGAUUGGUGGAUCUCCUGGAAGUGUAUGAAACACCGUCGGAACUCAUCCUGGUCACAGAAUAUUGUGCUGGUGGGGAGCUGUUCCACGAGUGUGUUAUAGAAGAAUCCUUCAAGGAGGCUGAUGUUGUCCGCCUCAUGAUCCAGAUCCUGGAGGGGCUCACAUACCUACACGAACGCAACAUAGUUCAUCUAGAUCUGAAGCCUCAGAAUAUUCUCUUCACAAAACCAUACCCAGAAGGUGACAUCAAGAUAUGUGAUCUCGGCUUUGCCUGUCUCGUGAACACUGGAGAAGAUAUCCGUGAUAUCAUCGGGACCCCAGAUUAUGUUGCUCCGGAAGUCCUGGACUAUGAACCACUCAACACAAUGACAGACAUGUGGAGUAUGGGUGUUCUGGCGUACGUCAUGUUGUCGGCGUGUGCGCCGUUCGCUGGGGAGAACAACCAGGAAACGUUUUGCAACAUCUCCCAGGUGAAGCUGGACUUCCCACCCGAGCUGUUCGGGGAGACCAGCGACCAAGCUCAGGACUUCAUCUCCUGCCUGCUGGUCAAGAACCCAAGAAAACGAUUGACAGCUCGGCAGUGUCUGGACCACCAAUGGCUCAAAACAUCUGUUGACAACGCUGGGGUGCCGUUACUGCCAUCCCCGUCAGACGCAGCUUUCGGUCUGUCUCAGGACCUUGGAUCUACAGUCAACUACCACUCACAGUCUCGCGAAAAUCAGGAAAACCUCAUUAACGGCAAACAGUUGAAGGCCGCGUCAACCAGCAUGUUGAUGGAACUAAAGGAGAAAGAUGCAAAUUCUUGUCUAAACCAUCAGAAGAGUACCAUGUCUAAUGCCGACAAGAGGCGGUCUAUGGAAAUUCCGCUGAAAAAAUUACGUAGUGACGAUAACGGCGAGCAGCCGCAUAACCUGAUGUGUGAAAUAUCUGCCAAGGCCGUCAAAGACAGUGUGAAUAUGUUCGAGAGCACAAGAACUUACAAUGUCCAGAAGGAAGUGGAUUUAGUAUGUGGCGAGCACCAGAGAACGGACAUGACGUCAAUAAGCACGGAUAAUGACAUAGACAGCAACAUAUUGCAUGUGUCGCCCCUGGAGCAGGAUAUAUGUAUCAAGUCGAGUCCGGAUUAAUGCUAGUUUGGUUUAAACAACAUAUAUGCGUGUUAUGUACAUGGGUGGUCACAUACCUAAUACUCACUUACAAGGGUGAUGGGUUGAUGUUGUACAUGAGGCAAUGCCCCCCUUAGAUUACAUUGGUUUAAUGAUGUAGAUAGCUAGAAAAAUGUCAGUGUAUAUAACAAGAAUGAAACAAUAGAUUGAAGAACUCUUUUAAACACAUUUUGUUUUAUUGUUCAGCAGGUAAAGUUUCAGAAUCGGGCGGUGGGGUAGCCUAGUUGUUAAGCGUUCGCUCCUCACAUGGGUGCAAUGUGUGAAGCCCAUUUCUGGUGUCCCCCCGCCAUGAUACAAGUGGCGUAAAGCUAAACUCACUCACUCACUCACUGAAUGGUGUGUUUCAUGUGACACGAAGUAACCAAGAUUUGAGCUUGUGUUAUUCAGUAUCCGUUCUAAAACAUUUUGUGAUGAAAUCUCAUGGGGGGCAUUGUUUCCUUUACUGUCUUCUUCGGUAAAAACUAACGUUGUAUGUAGUUUAGGACAGAAAUGUAUUCUGUCAAAUAACUGAUCAUUUGUAAAGAAACAAAAACAUUGUUUUGAAGUAUUUGCCAUCAAAUGGUUGGACUUCUCUGCAUCAAUAGUAUUAAGGAUGUAACCUACUGUCAAACUCCUUGAAGCACAUGUAAAAUAUAUUUUGAAAAUUCGGAUAAUUUUAUUGGCAUGAAUGACAUCAGCUAAUUUUUUAGAUGAAACAACGAACAAAUUUCUACACAUAGGAGGGCCUUGUGUGAUUGGUUUCGAUAAUAUUUAUGUGAACCGGAUUUAAUCAUGGAAUAUUUUCCAUUGCUAUUUUUAAAAUUUUGCAAUCCAAGGAGUCCUUUAGGAGUUCAUCAUCAUGAUGAUUUCAUUUGUGACUUGUCAUUGACUUGCCAUGUCUAUUUGUGGAGUUUUUUCUCAGAUUACCUCAGCCCUUUUCCCCUUAGUACCUCAAACAUUGUGAAAUCACAGUUGAAACCAGCACACUCAUUGUCAUUUGUCAGUCUACAGGAAAAGGAAAAAUCUGCAUAGGUGGAAAAUGUCUAUAGAAGAAAAAAGGAUGCUUUUAGGCCAUGAGGAGACUUAAAAUACCUUCUAUUCAUUAUGUGUUUCAAUUAAAAUAUGCUGUGUUUUGAGUACCAAUGGGCUCAAAUUCUGGUUUUGCCUCGUAAAACUUUUGAAGGAUGUCAGAAUUGUCCGGAUUUUAACAGCAUGAGAGUCAUCUCCCUUUGAAACUAUGCAGGUACGUUCAGUGAGACCAUAUGCCAGUAUAUGGUUGUUGGUAAUUAGCUUUCUGUCUUUUUGGAAACCAUUCAGAAAAAGUGUUGUCACCAAUUAGAAUAUUAUUUCCUUCUUCACAGUCUUCAUUAAUUGAGUUUUUAGGUUGAUAAUCAACAUUAUCCAUCAAACAUAUCUUUAACAAGCCCAGAAGAUACUAGUUGUUACUUUAUGAUUGUAAAAACAGGGAUUAUAAAAUAUAUGUUCAAUUUUAACUUCAUUAAUGAAAGUCAAAUUAGACUUAAUGAAAGGUCCAUCGGAGACAUGUAGGUAGAGGGGUAGUAGCCAUGUGGUUGGAGUGUCCGCCUGGUUUGAAUCCACCCAGGUUUGAAUCCACUCAUGGGUGCAGUAUGGGAACCCCCUUGUUGGUUCUGCAAUACUGAGGCGAAAAAACAUUGCUCACUCUUGGGUUGUUACGAUGUCAUGAUGCGAUACUUUGUCAUGAUAUGACAGAACCUUCCUGCAGAGGUGACUGGAGCCAUUAUGUAUUUCACAAGAUUAUCAUUUAGAGUGAGUUUUGAUAGUUUUCUGUUGGUAUCUAGUAUAUGUUUAUCCCUUUGGUCCUGUCUUUUGGGUAUUUUACACCAGUAAAAUAUGACAUUUUUAAAAAUAAUAGUAUUUUGUGAUCCACAAAGCGUUCUUAACGUUAUGACAUGUCGCUUAUGAAUGUCGUAGCUCUACAAACGUUUUGUGGAUUGGGACCCUGUAAAGAUAUAAAGGUAUCAAAGUUGCAGAAAGAUUCUUUGGUAAUUCAACUAUUCGGUUAAAAUAUGAUGGAUUGCACCUAAAAGUAGUUUAUCCACUUCAUUUUC